AUGUCUAAGAAAUCCUUCCCAUCUUUCUUCCUUUGUGCAGUUGUUCUUUUUGCAGCUAUUUUUGUCGAAACAACAGUGAUGGCAGAUAAUCCUGCACCAGCAGCAGGUGGAGCUCAAGUUAUUGAGCUUUUCAUGCAUGAUAUUCUUGGAGGAAACAAUCCCACUGCUAGGCCUAUAACUGGUUUGCUUGGUAACAUAUACAGCGGCCAAGUACCCUUUGCUAGGCCACUUGGUUUUAAUCCUCCAAAGAACGGCGUUCCCAUUCCCAACGCCAAUGGUGCUAUCCCAACGGUUAAUAUCAAUGGCAUUCCCUUGGGGACUGGAUUAGCUGGUACAGCUUUUGCCGGGAACCAGAACAAUGCUGCCAAUGGUAAUAAUCCUGCUGCUCAGUUACUAGGACCUGAUGGUUUGGGACUCGGGUUUGGAACUAUUACUGUGAUAGAUGAUGUCUUGACUUCUUCACCUGAGUUGGGAACCCAGCCAUUGGGAAGAGCUCAGGGAGUGUAUGUAGCAAGCUCUGCUGAUGGUAGCACACAGAUGAUGGUUUUCACUGCUAUGAUGGAAGGAGGAGAAUAUGGUGAUAGCUUGAACUUUUUUGGAGUCUACAGGAUUGGAAGCACCAUGUCACGCCUCUCCAUUACUGGAGGCACCGGCAAGUUUAAGAAUGCUUGUGGGUUUGCAGAACUCCGGUCACUCAUUCCAAGUGGCCAGCAUGUUCUAGAUGGCGCAGAGACAUUGCUGAGGAUCACGAUUCAUCUUGACUACUGA